AUUGAAACAGAAGUUUAUUUUUAUUUUGUCAAAGAAUUUUAAAAAAAUAUAGGAACUAAAAAUGAAGAACGUCUAUAUAUUGCUGUACGCUCUCUUUUCGCCACUCUCAUAUUCAAUAGAGGAUACCACGAUUUUUAAUAAUGUUGGAAGUUCUUCUAAUGAUAGCAGCAGAGUUUCUACCAGCAAAAUUUCUUCUUCAGAUUAUAUAACCAUUUAUUCUAACUCAACAACACCUCAUAAUUUUAAAAACAAUGAUGAUAAUAUCAUAGCAUCAGACAAAACAACAUCUAUUAAUAUAGAUAACACAGAAACGUCUUCAUCUCAUGGUAUCGUUAGCUCAGAUGAUAUUUCAGAUGUUGAAAAGAUUGAUUCUGAUACCCUAGUUGAAAGAGGAUCUCCUUCAUUAGAAUCUGAUGAUUUUAAUACCAAUACAGCAAUACUAAUUCUGUUUCAACAGUGCGAGCAACAUGGAUUCCGGCAUUUCUUAAGUAUAUCUGAAGAUAAAUGUAUGUUGGCCUGUACUAACUCUGCAGACUUGGGAUACCAUCCGAAAAAACAAAGUGAUUACUUUAAUGAAUGGUACAGACCAAAUGGUGUAUUUGUGCAAAACUACACAAUAAUUUCCGUUAAGGAUGGAUUCAAAUGCAUUGAUAAUGGAUCAUGUUUUGAUGGUAAAUGUGUGGGCUAUUCUAACAACUUAGUUAACGGCAACCAAUUGGAAACUACUUCUAAUAACGUUCUGAAUUCUAAUGAUUCACCCCCUUUCGUCGAUAAAGUGACGCCUGCUCUAAACGAAACAACAAAUUCUGAUGACGUCAAAAGUUCAACUGAUGAUAAUAGUACACUAUUACCAAUUUUAGAUGAUACAACUAAUACUUACAAUGUUCUCAAUUCAACCGAUAAUAAUAAUAUAACUUUGCCUUUUUCGGAUGAUACAACAAAUUCUGAUAGUGUCACAAAUUCAACCGAUGAUAAUAAUACAACUUUGCUUUCUACUGAUAAUGCAACAAAUUCUGAUAGUGCCACAAAUUCAACCGAUAAUAAUAAUAUAACUUUGCCUUUUUCGGAUGAUACAACAAAUUCUGAUAGUGUCACAAAUUCAACCGAUGAUAAUAAUACAACUUUGCUUUCUACUGAUAAUGCAACAAAUUCUGAUAGUGCCACAAAUUCAACCGAUAAUAAUAAUAUAAUUUUGCCUUUAUCGAAAGAUUCAACAAAUACUCUUAGUGUCACAAAUGCAACCGAUGAUAAUAAUACAAGUUUGCUUUCUUCUGAUAAUGCAACAAAUUCUGAUAGUAUCACAAAUUCAACCGUUAAUAAUAAUGUCACGAGUUCUUUAGAUACAACAACACUUCGUGAUUCAAUUACAAACGACGAUAGUUCUGAUAAUAACACAAUUUCUAAUGCCAGUGAUGACUUUAAAGAAUCAACAACUUCUGAAAGUAUUUUAGAUUCUAAUAAUGUAACUACACCUCAAAAUCGUACAAUCUCUGAUGCUGCAAAACUGGUAGACCAGGAAUUACAAAUUUUGAAUGAACAGUGCGAGCUAGCUAAAAAAGGUUACUUUCUCAUGCGUCUUCCAAAUAAAUGUUUCAUAGCGUGCACUCUUGACAAGUACAUGGUAUACCUUGCCGAUAAAGAUAAUGAUACCUUAUAUGAAUCAAUUAUUAAUAAUUAUAUAUUUUCCAAAUUGUAUGAAGCGGUUGCCGUUCAAGAUGGAUUUAAAUGCAGAAAUAAUAGUAAAUGUCUAAAUAGACAUUGUAUCGAAUAUACUACUACUGAUAACGAUACAAGUUCUACUGAUUAUGAUGACAUACUCGAAGAAUCUACAUCACCUGAAGGACUCGAGAAUUCUAGUGAUUUUUCAUCAUUUUCUGAUAGUUACGAAAGUUCUACUGAUGUUGAUGACACAAUCGAUGAAUCUACAUCACCUGAAGGACUCGAAAAUUCUAGUGAUUUUUCAUCAUUUUCUGAUAGUAACGAAAGUUCUUCAGAUACAACAACGCCUCGUGAUUUAAUUACGAAUCACGAUAGUUCUGAUAAUAACACAAUUUCUAAUGACAGUGAUGUCUUUAAAGAAUCAACAAUUCCUGAAAGUAUUUUAGAUUCUAAUAAUGUAACUACACCUCAAAAUCGAACAAUCUCUGAUGCUGCAAAACUGGUGGACCAGGAAUUACAAAUUUUGAAUGAACAGUGCGAGCGAGCUCAAAAAGGUUACUUUCUCAUGCGUCUUCCAAAUAAAUGUUUCAUAGCGUGCACUCUUGACAAGUACUUGGUAUACCUUGCCGAUAAAGAUAAUGAUACCUUAUAUGAAUCAAUUAUUAAUAAUUAUAUAUUUUCCAAAUUGUAUGAAGCGGUUGUCGUUCAAGAUGGAUUUAAAUGCAGAAAUAAUAGUCAUUGUCUAGGUGGACAAUGUGUCGAAUAUACUACUACUGAUAACAAUACAAGUUAUACUGAUUAUGAUGACACAAUUGAAGAAUCUACAUCACCUGAAGGACUCGAGAAUUCUAGUGAUUUUUCAUCUUUUUCUGAUAGUAACGAAAGUUCUUUAGAUACAACAACGCCUCGUGAUUUAAUUACGAAUGACGAUAGUUCUGAUAGUAACACAAUUUUUAAUGACAUUGAUAACUUUAUAGAAUCAACAACUCCUGAAACUAGUUUAAAUUUUUAAUUAAAACUUUUUCUUUCUAUAUUUUAAUUAAUUAAUGACAAUUGUUUCAAGCAUUAUAAUUUUUUCUAAUUUAUGGCGUUAUACU